GUAAAGUGAAUAUCAAAGACGACGAGUUGGUCCAGUAUUUGCUGGAUGGCAUUCCAAAUGUGUAAUUGAAAAACCAAGGUAAACUUCAGCGUUUUUCUACACCGGUUGCUGUUUUGGAUGCCUUCCAGGAUAUCAAGAUGUCACGACCCUCAAAUGGAGCUAUGAGAACAGGGGCAGUACAGAAAACAGCGACCCCGGACCAGAAGGUCACCAAAUGUUUCAACUGCAACAGCUUUGGGCAUAUGGCAGCAGAAUGCCGUAAGCCUAAGCGCGAUGAUGGAGCAUGCUUUGCAUGCGGCAAGCUGGGACACCGGGCUAAGGAAUGUUCGUUGUACAAGAAGACAAAGCUAAACGACAAUUACAGUGCCUCUUAGAUUCAGGAAGCCCAAUAACAAUUUUGAAAAAAUCUACAGUACCAAAUGAAGUCACACUAAGCCACAAUGAAUCGGCACUUACAUAUUUUGGAAUUAAUGACAGUAAACUGAAUAUAAUUGGAAAAAUUACUUGUUUG